UUUUGUCAACACAGCUUUAAGUUGGUGCAGUCUUAUCUUGGGAAUAUUCAAAGUCAGCACGUUCCUUGGACAAAAUGCGGGCUGGUAGUUCCACUUAGAGCACAACCAGCGAAAAGAAAUGACUGUGCGAGGCAUAGAAGCUAUAAAGUUGUAUAUGCCGACAACAAAGGCAGACAGUGCAUCCAUUAAGACAAACGUAAGGGAAGAAAGGGGGCGUACUAUCGAACAGGCGAACCGUUUGAUAACCAAUACAAUGACCUCUGUUGAACGCUAUAGACAAGAAUGGACGCAGCUGUUGGCCAAUCUGGAAAGCAAUCCGGAGCUACUGCGUCAUGCCGCCUUCAAUGGCGAACUAAAAAUGUCAAAGUUUCGCAGCAUCUAUUGGGCAUUGCUAUUGCGCGUGCUGAAUGCCGAUCAUCGCACGUGGGAAAUACAACGCGAGCAGCAGCGGAGCCGAUACGAAAAGUUUAGGGUAGAUUAUGUACGCAAUCCUCAUGAGCUGGUAGUUCCCGACGACGACCCACUGUCGCAGUCGACGCAAAGCGUUUGGAAUCAGUACUUCAGCGACCAGGAGCUUUUUGCUGUCAUACGCCAGGAUGUGGUGCGUACGUUUCCGGGCGUAGACUUCUUCCGCAAGGCCCCCAUACAGAAUGCAAUGACAAACAUACUAUUCUACUACUCUCGCGAGCAUCCGUACAUGUGUUACCGCCAGGGUAUGCACGAGAUUCUGGCGCCCAUCAUCUUUGUGGUCUACAGCGAUCAUCAGUCGCUGCUGCACUUUCGAGAGAUUGCCAAGACUGACAUUAAUGAGACAUUGCUGAACGUGCUGGAUCCGGGAUAUCUGGAAUCGGACACAUACUCCAUUUUCUCGCGCCUUAUGUCUUCUGUUGAAUCUUAUUAUCGUGUAUCGAGUGUGGUUCCCACUGCUGGGGGCUACAUUGAGAGCUCAAGCGAAGCCGCUGCCGACACUGAACUGCAAUCUGAGGUUGAGGUUGUCAGCCAACUGAACUUUAUACGCGAUAAAAUACUUGCUAAGGCUGAUCAGCACUUGCACCAUUAUCUUCUUAAAAUGGAAAUCCCGCUGCACAUAUUUGGCAUACGCUGGCUGCGCUUAUUGUUUGGACGCGAGUUUCUGUUGCUGGACUUGCUUCUGCUGUGGGAUGCCAUCUUUGCGGACAGCGAUCGUUUCGAUUUGCCCAACUAUAUACUGGUGGCUAUGCUGGUGCACAUACGUGAUAAGUUGCUUCUGAGUGAUUAUACCACAUCGCUUACUUAUCUGAUGCGCUAUCCGAAUACUGUGGAUGUCAAUUUGGUGCUACGACAUGCUCUCUUUAUGCUCAACCCCAAGCAGUUUGAGUAUCCAUCGAAUGCUUUUACUUUUGUUUCCUUCGCGGACAACUUGCCUGCAGUGCCGACAACGACAGCAACUACAGCAAAGAUCUCACAACAGUCCCCACAACGUUCGCGCACCAGCUCCGAUGCGUCUCCGAGCAUCAGCCACGUAGACCGCCAGAUUAACUACAUGCAAAAACGCAAUGCGGCCGAUGCGUCGGCGCUCGCCAAGCUACAGGAUGUGAAUCGUAUAGCCAUGGAUGGCUACCUCGAAAAUAGCCCCGAACUGCUGCGCCUCGAACUUAAGAAUGCCUUGACUGUCAUGAGCAUAGCCCACGGGAAAUUGCAAAACUAUUUGCACACAGUUCGCAGACAUGUAGGCAGACAUACGAACGAGGAACUAGCCCGUACACUGGAUGGCAUGGAGGAACUCUGCAGCUUUCUAGAUGUUAAAGUAAUGUUCCCGCUACAAUCGCGUUCAGCGCCCAUUGACCAAGCUCAUGAAGCGAAUGAACAAAAGCAGUUGGGUAAGUCCAAGACAAUGGUAACCGACACUUCGACGUCCACACCCACAAUUCCGAAUGCCGCCAACACCUAUGUGCUACCUGAAAAUGCCUUUAUGCACAGUUCAACGCGUCGUUUAUUGGGUGACUUGCGUGAAAUCGAAUUAUCAACUAUUGCGAGCGACGAGAAACCUGGUUUUGCAGUUUUGCCAAAUGGAUUACCGGCAGCGGAGCCACAACAACGACCACAAUCAUGAGCAGAUCAAUAGAUUAUCAUGACACUGCGAAUCGACUGAAUAUUGUUUAUGCUUGGCACCACAAAGUGGGUAGCAAUAUAAAUUGAAAAUCCCAAUAGACAUAUUCGUAAGGGCAUUUGAAGAGCCGGAAUGUUUCAGAAAAUAAACAUUUUUUAAGACAA